AUGGAAGUUAAGCGAGUUCAAGAUCCUCCUGUAAAUGGGCCUUUGAUAGUUGGCGCUGGCCCGUCGGGGCUCGCCACUGCUGCUUGCCUAAAAGAACGAGGUGUGCCGAGCUUGAUCCUCGAAAGGACUAAUUGCAUAGGAUCUUUGUGGGAACACAAGACCUAUGACCGCCUUCGCCUUCACCUCCCGAAGCAAUUCUGCGAGCUUCCGCAUAUGCCAUUCCCCAAAGACUUCCCAACCUACCCGACAAAGCAACAAUUCCUUGCCUACUUGUAUUUGUACACCAAACGCUUCGACCUGAGGCCGGUUUUCAAUCAAACAGUCACGAAUGCGGAGUUUGAUCAAAGUUCACAGUGCUGGCGAGUCAAGAGCUCGGGUCAUAAGGGGGAAGAGACCGAAUACUUGAGCCGGUGGCUGAUUGUGGCGACCGGGGAGAAUGCUGAGGAGCUCGUCCCACAAUUUGAAGGGAUGAGCGACUUUGGAGGGCAGAUUCUGCACACAAGCUCUUACAAGAGUGGUGAGAUUUUUUGUGGGAAGAGAGUAUUGGUGAUUGGAUGCGGGAAUUCGGGCAUGGAAGUGAGCUUGGAUCUUUGCAAUUUCAAUGCCUGUCCAUCUCUUGCUGUUAGAGAUUCGGUGCACGUCUUACCUCAAGAGAUGCUCGGACGAUCGACUUUUGGCAUAUCCAUGUGGUUGCUCAAGUGGCUCCCCAUCAGCCUAGUGGAUUGGUUUCUACUAUUGAUGUCGUAUUUUAUCCUCGGCGACACCACUAGCUACGGCCUUAAUCGCCCGAAGGUCGGACCUCUCCAGCUCAAGAGCAUGUCUGGCAAGACGCCGGUGUUGGACGUGGGUACGCUUGCAAAAAUCAAAAGUGGACAUAUCAAGGUUUUCCGUGGGAUAAAGAGAAUACGACGCCAUGCCGUGGAGUUUGUUGAUGGGAAAUCGGAGACCUUCGAUGCUAUUAUCCUCGCGACAGGGUAUAGAAGUAACGUGCCCUCGUGGUUGAAGGAGGGAGACAUGUUCUCUGAGGAAGAUGGGUUCCCAAAGAAGCCAUUCCCAAAUGGAUGGAAAGGCAAGAACGGGCUGUACUCCGUGGGAUUCACCAAACGCGGCCUCCUCGGUGCUUCCUUGGAUGCGAGAAGCAUUUCUCAAGACAUUGGGCAACUGUGGCGUUUAGAUGUUGAAGGCAUGCAUUUCACGGCUUUGUCUCAUGCAACACCUCUACAUCCCUAAACAGUUGGAAUUAUAAAUCCUUGAUUUCAUCAAUUAGGAUCGGAAGCAGCAACAUGUUGCUGAUUUAAGUGGGAAAAGAAAAAGACUAGAAAAGGGAGAGAGAGUGAGUGAGAGAAUUUUACAAGAAUUGAUUAAGUUAGUGACAUGAAGGUCAUUUUCUUUGGUGGCCGGAUAGGUGAACCGAAGAGGAUUUCGGGGGCAAAAAAAAGAAGAAGUGAAGGAGAUUAAAUUUCUGAAGUUUGUACAUGUGUAAAUUGUUGUAAGUUUACUGUCCUUUGUUUAGUUAGAUAUACUCAUCACAGAUGGGAAUGAAAGCUUGGGUGUUAGUGCUAGAAAUUUCUGUAGAAGUUGAAUUAGAUGGUCAUUCUUGCUUAAGUACUUUUCUCUUCCACGGUGCAUUUGAGGGCA